AGGGGAGAGCGAGUCUGAACCCUCGCUCUCUAAAGUGGGAAACCUCAUGUCCUGCUCCAGAUCCGUCAGAGCCUAGGAGACACCGUUUCACCCAGCUCACCAAGGCAGUGGUGAUGGGUCAGGACAUGAAGGUGUGGAAGCAAGUGUUCCAGGAAUUAAUUCGGGAGGUGAAACCAUGGCAUACGUGGAAACUGACACUAGACAAAAACCUUCUUCCUAACAUCCUGAAGCCAGGGUGGAAGCAAUACCAGCAGUGGACAUUCGCCAGGUUCCAGUGCUCCUCGUGCUCUCGAAAUUGGGCCUCUGCCCAAGUUCAGGUCCUUUUCCACAUGCACUGGAGUGAGGGGGAAUCCAGGGGCCAGGUGAAGAUGAGGGUCUUUGCCCAGAGAUGUCAGAAGUGCUCCCAGGCUUCGUUUGAGGUUCCCAAGUUCACAGAGGAGAACAUCUCAAGGAUUCUGAACAACCUGGUGUUGCAAAUUCUGAAGAAAUGCUAUAGAGAAGGAUUUAUGUUGGAGGACAUUCCUAUGAUCAAGGAAAUCUCUCUUGAAGGGCCACAUGACAGUAACAAUUGCGAGGCAUGUCUUCAUGGCUUUUGUGCCCAGAGUGAGUUAGGUCCGGUCUCACUAAUAUCCCUAUUACCUCCCACAAGAAGCUCAACCAUCCUCGGGAUCACCACCGAAACGCCUUCUCCCACGAGGAGUAGCACCAGAGGGGAUGCAGUGAAGAAAAAGAAAGUAUUACCCAGACCGUGGUUUCCUAAGCCCGCACGAGCUGAGAGCCUCCCCACUUCCUGGAGCCCGAGAGCAAACACCGACUUCCAGGCGGAGAGAAGAGACAACAACUUCGACAACUGCACUUUCAAUUCGUACACAGCCCAGCCUACCAGGAGCUUAGGUGUGAAUUGCUGCUGCUGCUCCUGCUGCCUCAUCCUAAUCAUCAUCCUAAUCGUCAUCAUUGUAACUGUGGUAAAAACCACCAUCUGAGCCUAGAAAGCAUGAUGCUGAGUUUAAAAAAUCAGACACACAGUCAUCUAUCGUAUGAUCCCAUUGCUACAAAAUAUUCAGAAUAGGCAAAUCUAGAGACAGGAAGUAGAUUUAUGGUCACCCAUCAAGGGACUGUGGGGAGAAGGGAAAUGGGGAGCAACUGCUUAAUUGGUAAGGGUUUUAGGGGCUGACGAAAAUAUUUUAGACAUGAUGGUUGCACAACACUGUGAAUGCACCAAAUGCCAUCGAUUUGUCCACUUUAAAUUGGUUAAUGUAAUGUAAAUUUCACCUCAAUUAAAAAAAAAAAGGAACGCUGCCAUUUCAUUCAUUCUCUAGAGGACCGAGACUGAGGCGCUUAUAGCUCCCAGAACCACUUAGAAAUCUUACGAAACCUGGGGGCCCUCUCACCAGAAAAUUUUGCACAGACCCACUGAUGCCAAUCUGAGGAGGCAUUUGCAGUCCAAAGCAUUAGCCUGAAAACCCGGCUUCUAGAGCAAUGGUCUCCACCAAGGAGUGACACGCAGCUGAGGGCUGAGGCAGGACCAUCCACCA